GGCCCGCUCGGCGGAGUUGGGCCGACCUCCACACCCCGGGCAAGCAGGAAGGGUCUGUCCCUGGGGUCUGCGAUGAGCUCCCCUGUGCUCUUCUCACCGGUCGUCCGGCGAAGCUCUCAGAGCUCUCGCUUCACCUUGAUUGAUUCAUCACUUGAGUCCUUGCUUUGCACUUUUCAUGGAAUUACCUUUGCGCCAAAGCGAAGAACAAGCUGGAUUUGAAUCAGUGUCACCUCCCACCUUCUUACCACCCUUUAUGUGGAAGGAACACCUACACGAAUGUUCCUACACCACUCCAUAACUGAGACUAUGAACUAUGAUGUGAAAAGCUUUGGAUCUUCUCUCCCUGUUAAAGUCAUGGAAGCCCUAGCAUUGGCUGAAGUUGGUGAUCAUCUGACCGUCUACAUAGAAGAAAGUGGAUGGGCUUGUCUGGUCUGCGAAGAGAAACUCAUUAUUUGGAAGUUUGGUCUGUCACCCAUUACUAAGUUAUCUGUUUGCAAAGAACUUCAGCUGCCACCUAGUGAUUUCCAUUGGAAUGCUGACUUGGUAGCUCUCUCUUACUCUGCUACCUCAGGUGAAGCAUAUUCUAUUCAGGCUGUUGCUGUAAUGGUUGCCACCAGAGAAGGAUCUAUCCGCUAUUGGCCAAGCCUUGCUCAUGAAGAUACCUACACAGAGACUUUUAUAGAUUUGGGAGGUGACAAGACUUAUAAUUUUCUAACAGCAGUGCAGGCAGGAAGUUUUAUUUUGUCCUCGUCAGGAAGCCAGCUAAUUCGGUUGAUACCUGAAAGCUCAGGAAAAAUUCAUCAGCAUGUUCUCCCUCAAGGGCAAGGCAUGCUUUCAGGAAUUGGUCGGAAGGUUUCUACUCUUUUGGGAAUUUUGUCUCCUAGUAGUGAUCUCAUGCUUUCAAGUGUCCUUUGGGAUAGAGAAAGAUCAAGCUUUUAUAGCCUUACAAAUUUAAAUAUGAGUAAAUGGGAAUUAGAUGAUUUUUCAGAAAAACAAGCACAUAAUUGGGAUAUAAAUAGAGCCCUGAAGGAAAACAUUACUGAUGCUAUUUGGGGAUCAGAAAGUAACUAUGAAGCGAUUAAAGAAGGUGUCAACAUUCAAUAUUUGGAUUUGAAGCAAAACUGUGACGGGCUCCUGAUUUUGGCAGCAGCAUGGCAUCCAGCAGACAAUCCAUGUCUCAUCUAUUAUUCUCUGAUAACAGUGGAAGAUAAUGGCUACCAAAUGUCAGAUGCAAUUACGGUAGAAGUCACCCAGUAUAGUCCACCUUUCCAGUCUGAAGACCAGAUAAUGUGUCGGUUGGUGGUCCCAAACUUUUCAAACCAGACUGCCUAUCUAUACACUGAAAAUGCUGUCUAUGUGUGCUCCACAGGAACUGGGAAAUUUUCUGUUCCUCAGGAGAAAAUUACUUUUAAUGCACAAGGAGAUGGCAUUUUGGGAGCUGGUUCCUGUGGUGGUGUUCCUAUCGUGUUUUCUAGAAACAGUGGAUUGGUGUCUAUUAUGUUGAAGGAAAAUAUCUCCAUAUUAGCAGAAGACCUUGAGGAUUCCCUAGCAUCUUCGGUUGCUGGACCAAGCAGUGAGAGCAUGGUUUUUGAGACUGCUACCAAGAAUGAAACUAUAGCACAAGAAGAUAAAACCAAAUUGCUAAAAGCUGCUUUUCUUCAAUAUUGCAGAAAAGAUUUAUGUAAUGCCCAAAUGAUGGUUGAUGAGCUGUUUUCCUCUCGCCUUGAUUUGGAUUCCGAUUCUGAACUAGACAGAGCUAUUACCCAAAUCAGUGUAGAUUUGGUGGAUGACUAUCCAGCUUCUGAUCCACGGUGGGCUGAAUCUGUCCCUGAGGAAGCACCUGGGUUCAGCAAUACAUCACUGAUUAUUCUUCACCAGCUAGAAGACAAGAUGAAAGCCCAUUCUUUCCUUAUGGAGUUUAUUCACCAAGUUGGCUUAUUUGGACGUCUAAGUACUUUUCCUGUAAGAGGGAUGCCAAUGGCAACUCGACUGUUGCUCUGUGAGCAUGCAGAAAAGUUGUCAGCUGCUAUUGUUCUCAAGAACCAUCACUCCAGGCUCUCUGACCUUGUGAACACAGCAAUAUUAAUUGCUUUAAACAAAAGGGAGUGUGAAAUUCCAUCAAACCUUACUCCUGCAGACGUCUUUUUUAGAGAGGUAUCCCAGGUAGAUUCCAUCUGUGAAUGUUUACUGGAACACGAGGAACAAGUAUUAAAGGAUACAGCAUUGGAAUCUGUUGAAUGGGCUGACGUGGUGAUCAAUGUGAACAGUAUUCUCAAGGAUAUACUGCAAGCUGCUAGUCAUUAUCGCCAAAAUAAAAACUCCUUGUAUAAAAGAGAAAAACCUCAAGCAAAAGAACCCGAGUAUGUUCCAUGGACAGCAACAGGUGGUCCCACUGGCAUCCGGACAGCAGUCAUACGCCAACAUGGGAUUGUCCUGAAAAUUGUUUAUCCUCAGGCAGACAGCAACCUCCGAAGCAUUCUGACAGAACAGCUGGUAGCACUGAUUGAUUGCUUUCUGGAUGGUUAUGUUUCUCAGCUUAAGUCUCUGGACAAAUCCAGUGAUGAAGAAAGAUAUAACAAUCUGGAAAUGGAAUACCUACAGAAAAGAUCAGAUCUCUUAUCCCCUCUUUUAACACUAGGCCAGCACCAGUGGGCUGCUUCUUUAGCAGAGAAAUACUGUGACUUUGAUAUCUUAGUACAGAUGUGUGAACAAACUGACAACCAGAGUAGACUACAGCGUUACAUGACCCAAUUUGCUGAUCAGAAUUUUUCAGAUUUUCUCUUCCGUUGGUAUCUGGAGAAAGGAAAACGAGGCAAACUUUUAUCCCAGCCCAUUUCUCAGCAUGGACAAUUGGCAAAUUUUUUGCAAGCUCAUGAACAUCUCAGCUGGUUACAUGAAAUUAAUAGCCAAGAAUUAGAAAAGGCUCAUGCAACACUUCUAGGUUUGGCAAAUAUGGAAACUCGUUACUUUGCAAAGAAAAAAACCCUUCUUGGCUUGAGUAAAUUGGCUGCAUUAGCAUCAGACUUUUCAGAGGAUAUAUUGCAAGAAAAAAUUGAAGAAAUGGCUGAGCAGGAGCGCUUUCUACUACACCAGGAGACACUGCCUCAACAGCUACUAGCAGAGAAACAGCUAAAUCUCAGUGCAAUGCCAGUUUUGACUGCACCGCAACUUAUUGAUCUAUAUAUCUGUGAAGAAAACAGAAGAGCUAAUGAAUAUGAUUUCAAGAAAGCUUUAGAUUUGCUGGAAUAUAUUGAUGAGGAGGAAGAUGUAAAUAUAAAUGAUCUGAAACUUGAAAUCCUUUGCAAAGCUCUUCAAAGAGAUAAUUGGUCCAGUUCAGAUGGUAAAGAUGAUCCCAUUGAAGUAUCUAAAGACAGUAUAUUUGUGAAAAUCUUACAGAAACUUUUAAAAGAUGGCAUUCAGCUCAGUGAAUACUUACCAGAGGUGAAAGACCUACUACAAGCAGAUCAGCUUGGAAGCUUAAAGUCCAAUCUUUACUUUGAGUUUGUUUUGAAAGCAAAUUAUGAAUAUUAUGUCCAAGGACAAAUGUAACUUUUUCUAAAAAUGGUCAUUUUUUUCCUGAUGAUUUGAAUAUCUGCAUUUAUUUAAAAUAAUAGAUCUUAAACAUGUAGAAGUCUAUAUUUUUAUAUGGUUGAGUUUUUUAAUACCUUAUUUGGAAGCUAAUACUAAACAGCUGUGUGACUAUAAUUUUGACUUUUAAUUAGAACAGUACUUUUCCCCUUCUUUUUUCCACCUUAAAUUUAUCAGUUGCUGUUUCCAUCCUUGCUAUCAUUUCUUUUUAAUCUCACUUGUUCUUCAAGGGUUCUGCAGUUCUUGUCCUGGUCCUGCCGCAGGUUACUUGUACAGUAUUGCAGAAAUCACUUCUAGGCAUCAUUUUCUAUAACUAUAAAAAUUACAAUUUUGUACUGGAUUGUCUCUGAAAUUUCUGUGGCUCUGGAUAUUGUGCACUGAAGAAAAUCUGGAAUGUUUAGUUUAUGUUUUGACUAGGGCUGGGAAUUACCUAGUAAGAUAAAUGUUAAAUUUUGCUGACUUAUUACAGGACUAAAAGACAAAAGAGAGCGGGGCUAAUUCAUGUGAUCUUGAUAACUGGUUCACUCAUUGGGAAAAUUUUAACCUGUUCUUCAUAAAUAAUAAGUAUUGUUAAAAGUAUUUUAGGGAAUGAAACAUGUUUAUGUGGCUUUCUAACUGAUCCAUACAUUACCACUGAUAUUAAGUUUAUAGUAUUUUAGUGUUUUGUAUGGGGCUUCAAUCAGCCUUAUGAGUUUUCCGAACAAUUUACACUAAACUCCAGUUUUACCACAGCUAAUCAAAAGCUUAUGUAAUUCUGGAAACCAUUAUGGACUAAUUCGACUAAAAAGCAGUGGUUGUUAUCUCAAAGUUUCUUUGUCCCGACGAAUGUCAUCAGACAAUUUUUAUCUGGCUUUAAAUAAAGACUAGAGAUUGAACAGGGAAUUGCUGGUAUAUCCAUACUUUGGCCUUGGCUGAAUGCGCUAAACAACUUGAUCCAACAGCUGAAAAGGUCAUAAGUUAAAUAUGGUGAAGAGAGUCCAGUUCCUGGUCUCAAAAAGUACAGUCAUUGUGCCUUCUCUCCUCCACGUUUACAUCCAACCUUUGAACAUGUUAGAAAAAAAUGGCUUAAUGGAGCUGUUUAUGUUAAUAAUUAAAGGAAGAAAACUAGCAGCCUGUUCUUUUUCUGUUUAUAGCUUGUAUGUUAGAACAGCAUCAAGAUUUAGGGUAGGUGUAUAUUAAAGGAUACUAAGAGAAGCUAGGAAAGUAGCAUGUCAGGCACUAGUAAUAAAAUCGUUGAAAACGUGUUAUAAUACUAGGCUUUGGUUUUUACAUAGAAAGUAACUGUCAGUGUUCAAUCCUUACCUUUAUGAUCCUGCAAGUAAUAAAGUACACUGGGGACACUUCGUGCCACCCUUCGCAUACCACCGUGAACCUAAUUAUUCCUAGUGUGACAGGAGAACAGUAUAAAGGAAAGCCAAUCCGAUAAUGACCCUGACUCCGCUGACUACAUGAAUGUAAAACUGCUCCCACAGUAUGAUGUAUAAUAAUCCUAUUUUGAGGAAAAAGCCUUGCUGUUUUAGCUCUAUCUCUUACAGUCAGUAGCUGUAGCACUAAAGUUUUUGCGUAUUUUUAAAAUUAUUUUAACAGUAAAACUGUUAAGAUUUUUUUAUAAAUCAAGUAGUUGAUAAUGACUAAUUAUAAAGGUGCUGUGUGACCAUGUUCUAUUAAGAACAGGUCUCUAAGGAAAAUAAACUUUACUGACUUGGAAAAAGUUAUUGUUCAUUCUUGUC